AUGGUCAGCCGGGAUCUGCUGCAGCAGUUUGAGUUUCUAGAGCUCAAGGCGAGCACCUACGAGAACCUGCGCGUGGCCUUCCAUGGGGCUGGAGAGCCUGCGCCGGUGCUGCCGACCCCGCCCUCCCGGCCUCCAGAGAUCGCACCCUUCUCCCCAGAGGCGCUUUCCAUGAAGCAGCAACUUGAGUGCUCCCCCUCGCGGCAACAGAGCGCGCCGGCCUUCGUGGGGCUCCGCCCGGUGGUGCCGAGGUUACAGCUGGGCUCUGCCAAGAACGGCGUGGACCUAGAGAAGGCCCCGGCGACCCCAUGUACGCCCUCAGCGCUCUCCACGGAGACGAGUCGCACUGCUCUCCUACACCCGCAAGGCUGCAGGAGCUAG